UCUGGUGGACUAUAAAUGGCGAUUGACACGAAAAGCAGGUCAGUCCUCAGUGAGAGCACAUAACGACUCCCAAACGGGUCAUUUUCGAUUUGAAACUAUAGGUCUAAAGCAAAACAGUCAUGUCAGAUGACGAGCCAAUGGAUGUAGACAUUUAUACUGAUACACAUGACAGCACCACCAUUACUACACAGCCUGGCAGGACUGAAGCAGAAACCUUUAAUCAAGCAUCAGCCUCUGGAUAUAGUGACAAGGUAGACCUUCUACACCACAGUGUUCAGAUGUCCCAGUCAAAAGAUUCUACGACAUCACAAGGGAACCCACAGCAAAGCCAUGCAGAGAGAGGAGUUCCUACUGAUGACGUGUUGAAUGAUCCAGCAAAACCCUCCGAAGAUACAGCAAACAUCACUAUCAAAGUGGAAUGGACGAAGGAAAUACCACCAAAAUGGAAAAUGAUGCUGCAGAAAGCUCUCCAGUCUUGGUUCAAUGAAAAUGUGCCAGAUGAGAAGCUUGAAGUUGUGAACAUUACCCCUAAGGCUGAAGCUCCACUCUGUGCAGAGGUGGUGAUAAAACCAUCCAGAGCUUUGAACACUUUAAAAGGGAUUAAAAAAACAACUUUUACAUUCAAGGAGAUAAGAGAGAAUGCCCCUGUACAAUUUUUGGUGGAUGAAAUGAUGUCUGGGGAUGGACAUGAAAUGACAACUAUAGGAGGAGCAUCUUCUGGGAGGGACACUGGAAUGAAGAAAGAUCCAAACCUAGCUCAGCUCCCAGGAAGCACAGACACUGGGGUACUUACUAUCCCUGUCUCUCUGUACUGGUACUUGUCUUGUGCUUACAGAAAGGAGAUCCACCAAAUUGAGAAUGAAUUUGGUGUUAAAAUAGAUGCUGAGGUAUCAGUUUCUAUUACUGCCAAAAGUGAGAAGACCAAAAGUGAUUGUGUACAGAACGCUAUUCAGAGGUUUACCGACCUUGUCCAGGAUAAUGCAAAAAGUCUGGAUAUCAGACCCAUCCCUCAAGCACAAAUGGAAUCUGACAUAGUGAAAGAGGUGCUGUGUAAUAUUCAGAGUGAAGAGGCUAAACUGAUGCUACACAGGUCAGCAGAUUCUUGCCUGAUCUUUGCACCAAAACAGGUCACAUCAAUGCUACAGAAGCAGAUGAGCACCAGUGACACCAGUGAUGCAUCGAGCAACGGGACUUCACAGAAGACUGAGACACUGGAAAUGGACAUGAAGGACACUCAAGCUCCACUUGUGAUGAAUGAAAAACACUGGGAGCUGGUGAAGAUGGCAUUCAGCGCACAACUUUCUGAUAUCGAAAAUAAAUAUGGGGUUGUGUUUCAUGAUGAACCUUACCAAGGUUCGGUGAAGGUGAGCGCACAAAGUACUGGAGCACUAGUCAACCUGCAAACCCAUGCCCUCCGAGUCCUAAUGCAUCUGUACCAAAAGGUCACCAUGUCAACUGUCACCUGUAAACUUAGAGAACCUGACUAUGCCAAUAUUGUGAUUCAGGCUCUGAAGGGACGCCGCUCUGCACACUGUUGGAUUGAUUCAAGAGAAAAAUAUGGUAGCAGGAAACUUGUUGGACUGCCCAAGCAUCUCCUUCCGGCCAUAGCUGACAUAGAGAUGGAGAUUGGAAAGUCUGUGUUUGAUGAUACAGAAAAGCAGUUACUUGGCUACUCAGAGUAUUUAGCACAAAGGCAGGGACAGCAGGGCUUGGGAGCAGAGGGAGGCGCAGAAGCAAAAGGAAAUGCUAAAGACAAAGAAAGUGUUAAAAGUGAAGAGGAUAAAUGUCCAAUUUGUAUGGAUACAUUUACUGAUAAGAAAACACUGAAAUGUGGGCAUGACUACUGCAACGACUGUCUGAGACAGUCAGUGAAGAAUUUCGGGGAAAUCUGUCCAGUGUGUAAGAAAAUCUUUGGGAAGUUGAUAGGAAACCAGCCUGAAGGAACAAUGGAUUACACUGAGACCACAAACAGACUGCCUGGAUUUACUGACUGUGGCACAAUUGUAAUUAAAUACCAGAUACCACCUGGCAUUCAAACAGAAAAACAUCCAAACCCUGGCCAGCCCUACAGUGGGACAUACCGCACUGCUUACUUACCUGCCAAUAAAGAAGGAAAACAUGUGCUCCAUCUGCUACAAACAGCUUUUCAUCAGAAACUGACCUUUACUGUUGGAACCUCAACAACCACAGGAGCAACCAACUCUGUUACCUGGAAUGACAUUCAUCAUAAGACUAGUAUGCACGGUGGACCACAAAGUUACGGCUAUCCGGAUGCCAACUACUUAAAAAGAGUCAGAGCAGAACUGAAGGCCAAAGGCAUUGAGUGAAGAUUUAAGAGCUCCCCUACAGUUUAAUUAUGUUCACAUUUAAGAGCUCCCCUACAGUUUAAUUCUGAUCACAUUUAAGAGUGCCCCCGACAGGUUAAUUAUGUUCACAUUUAAGAGCUCCCUUACAGGUUGAUUAUGUUCACAUUUAAGAGCUCCCCUACAGGUUAAUUAUGUUCACAUUUUUACUCACAAAAAUGGGUCUCAAAUACAAAUCAAACAUCAGAAAUAAUUAUAUUUGACAAAUAAAUGCAGGAAUGAGUAAAUGUAUGAAUGGAACAAAAUUUAGCAAAGUGAAAAAAACUGUCACUGUGAUAUUUCACUUGAUAAUAUUCCUAGAUAUAUAUACAACUCAAAUGGGAAUUAUCAUAUGCCCAAAGUGCUUAAAGAGAAAAAUAUAUUCUUACUGUGAACAGAUUUUUAUAAAGCAAAAGUAUGAUGAAGAGCUGAUUGUUACUCGAAAAUGCACACAGCAUGUUCAUUGUGGCAAAGUGAAUUUCAAUGCACAUCAUUUUAAUCUUACACUUUUUUUGAUCUGAGCUGGACUCUGCUAAGAGUGGGGCUUGUUUGGUCCAUUUCUUUUCUUCUUUUUAUUUUCUGAGUAUUAUUUCAGGUUAUAAAAGUGAUAGAAAUAAAAUAUGCAAAGACAAAAUGAAGUACAAAAGCUGUCAUCCCCCCCCCUAAAAUAUCUAAUUUUAAUUAGCAAUCAAAUUGUUUUUGGGAUCUUAUGUACUGUAAGAUGGAAUAUUGAGUGGGCAAAACUAAUGGAAAUAAGAAUAUCACAUACAAAAACUUCUAAUUUAGUCCUUUAAUGAUCAAUCAUUUCCUUCGAAAGAAAAUGGAAAAACCACAAACAAAAAAAUGGCAGAAGUGCACAAAGUGAAAUGUCACCAGACAAAUGAAAAAACAUGGCAGUCUCCCGGAUGGCAACAUGACACCAUGAAACAGGUCACGGCUGGAAGACCACUGACGUUCCCUUCAUGUGUGUCUUCUCUUUCCUGGAAACACUGAGUCAGUGAGUCUAGAUGGAAGCGUAUUGAUUUCACCUGUUUAAUGUUUUUCAAACUUUGAAGAAAAUAUAUAAUGUGGAGAAAAUUCCCAGAACAGUAAACUGCUUUCCCAAAUAACUUCUUUGUAACUCAGGUAGCUCUAAACUGAAGAAAAAUCACAACUUCAACUUUACUGUUUUGCCUGAUUGUACAGGAAUAAUUAAUGUAAGAUAAAAAUAUAUAUUUUCUCAGAUUUCAGGUUUUUUUUCUUGAGCAGCAGAAAAAAAAUGUAGCAACUGACAUUUAGCUAGAUUAUGACAACAUGUCAUCUGACAGUGUAGAGGGGAGAGUAAAUGGACAGAGAUGAUAAAGCUCUAGAUAGCUUCCUAAGCCCAGCUCUGUGGGUCAACAUGUGUCUGAGGGGAAUGAUAAUAUCAGGUGGUUUACUGUGAGGUUUGCUGUGAGGAUAGACGCAAUGGACAUAGUAAAGUCCUGACGUCUUCUGGCUUAGAUAAAAAGAAUCAAAAUCAACUUUCUAUGCAAAAUUGUAGGGAUAUGAAAAUAAUAAUAAUAUCUAAAUGGUUCAGUAAGUGUGAAACAAUUGCAUAUUUUGAAGAGAUGAAAGAAUAGUAACUAAAAGGGUGUUGUCAAUAUGAAAACAUUUGCUGUUGGGUCAUGAGUCUUUAAUUGAAGUUCACCAACUCCAUGUUGAGUAUUCAAGGAAUGUCUAAUUCAGUGGGUUUCUAUGGAAUCAUGGAUAGAAGGUUUUUUUUUAUGUAGCCAGAUUUUUAUAUGCAAAUUCUUCUUUCAUGCAGUUAAUUAUUGUCAGACAUUCCCCAUGGCCUGCUAAAGAAAACAGAUCCAUCCUCAAUGGGGUUGGCAGGACAGGUGGAGGAGAAGGUGAGGCUAAGGGGAGGGGCCUGGGUGUGGCAGAGACUGUUAAAGCACACUGAACCUCCGCCCCAACCACUCCGCUGUUAAAGCAUGCAGUUUUAACAUGAAGCCCCACCCCUAACCACUCCCCUGUCCAUACUUCACAGUGGGAAUUAGGCUCUUUUCUGCAUGACAUGGACUAUUUUAAGACCACACAAUGACAGUGCUUUAUUACUUUGAAGAAGAACAAGCAUUACAGUAACAUGGCUGUUGAAACUACAGUUACAGUUGAGGAUAACCGUCAAUACAAACUAAAGUACAUCUAGAGAAUAAUGCUGUUUUUCACCAGCAGAUUAAAUCACAAAAAUGAAAAGUUGCAGUGCAAUACUAACCAAAAAGUAUUUGUUAUCUUAAUGCUUUUUAUGUCACUACACCUUUUCACCAUGUCAAACAUCUCUAUGGAGGUAAUGCAACAUUUCUAGAGCAUUCCAUGUCCGCCCAGUACAAGACUCUCAUAUAUGAGGAAAUGGCAACAAAGAAACACAAGGGUAGUAUUGAGAGCUUUAAAAGCGGACUCAGCACGCAGGACUCCACCUGCACAAGCCUUCGAGUCUGUCCUCUGUAGACUGGGGAUUGCAGUACUGGCCUACCACCAGAUGGAACCAAGUGGUUGGAAACUCUGACUUACCUGCACCCUGCCAGUACAUGACAUACGCAUUCAGUUCCAUCGUUUUCCUCUACUUAACAGCAGUGACCAACUAUAGUCACUAUACAUAUAGAAGGUUGUUCUAACAAUUAAUGGCCCCAUACACUUAAUAAUAUGCAGUCUCCCUUGGAUUAUGAUGAUUAUUAUUAUUAUUAUUAAAUGUAUAAUACAAAUGUUUGCUUUUGCAUGUUGCCAAGAAUGAAUGAUUAUCUAUAGAACUGUAUACACUACAAAAUCCAGUAAAAAAUUAAUUACUCGUUGGCAGUUGUACAGGUUGUAAACUAUUCAAUGGAUGCUGCCGGGAAUCAGCAUGUACUAAGGCAUAACAGCGCUGGCAUUCUUUGAAGUCUGUAGAUGAAUUUAUUCAGGAGGUAUUUCUGAACAUAAACCAAACCAAUGGAACCAUCUAUUGGCCCAUGAGCAGAUGGAACUUGUGCAAAAAAGGGCACGAUAGAUUAACAAACCUGAAUAAACAAGGACACAAAUGAAGCAACACAGGUUUAAGGUGGUUUAUUUAUAACAAAUGUUAUUUAGUUUGUAAAGUACUCCAGCAAAAAUUAAACAUUAUUCUUCUUCCAGAACUAAGUUUAAGCCUCCAUGCAUUUUGUACUAUAAAAGCUGUCAUUUUUAAAUACAACUGCACAAAGAUAAAAAAAAAAAA